GAUGACAAGACCCAGCACUUCUUCAAUCAGACGGUCACCGACCUCCCCUUCUUCCUCACUCUCGAGCCGACUGAGUGUUCCCCGACGUCUUGUCGUCACCGCUCCUCUGCACAUUUCGAUGUGAUGGAGACGGGGUACGACUUCAUUCUCGACACUCAGUGGUCUCGUCGGUUCUGCAGCACCGAGGCCGAUUGGGCGACCAACACUCUCGUUCUCAAAACAAAGUGUGGACAGACGUAUCGCGUACCUUUCAUAGGUACCACGACGACACCACGCCCCGAUCCUCCUCCCCCGGAGCCUUCAGUGCCCACACCAUUUCCCUCUAUCACUAUCACCUCGCCUCGGCAGUUCGCUCACUUCAUUCGACAGGACGACGUCACCUUUUUUAUGGUGGACGUGACGGAUCUCUUACAUUAUGAUCCACUCUGUCCCGACGCCGAGCUCAUCCCUCUGGAGCCAGAUCCUCCCUCUAUCUCCAUGGCUCCCAUCUCUACUUUCGUCCCCCCGCUGUCCGUCGAGUCCACCCCGCCGUCGCGCGCUGAUGCUGAUGCUGAGGAACUCGCACGAUAUACGGUUGACUUGGAGCCCGCAGUUCGUGACCUCAUCCGAGAGUACCACGACGUUUUCCCAUCGUCGUUCUCGUACGCCGGAAUCCCACCGAUGCGUGACGUCGAGCACUCCAUUCAGCUCGUGCCUGACUAUCGUGUUCACCACCAGGCACCCUGCAGACUCUCGAUCCCCGAGGCCACCGAACUCAAGCGUCAGCUUGAGGAGCUCCUGAGACUGGGUUUCAUUAAACCCAGCAACUCCCCGUGGGGUGCACCCGUCCUCUUUGCUCGCAAAUCGGAUGGAAAUCUUCGUCUCUGCAUCGACUACCGCGGCCUCAACCGCUACACGGUUAAGAACARCUACCCCAUGCCUCGUUCCGAUGAGCUGUUCGACCACCUAGCAGGCAACCGCUUCUUUACGAAGAUUGAUCUUCAUAGCGGUUACCAUCAGAUCCGCGUCGCUGCAGCCGACCAGCCGAAGACCGCGUUCCGAUCGCGAUUCGGCCACUACGAGUUCACGGUGAUGCCAUUCGGCCUCACCAACGCACCCGCUACCUUUCAGAUUGCGAUGAACGACAUCUUCAGGGACAUCCUGGAGCAUGCACGUGAGGUCGCCGACAUCGUAUUUGACCGAGUCGUGCGUGACCACGGGUUACCUCUGAGCAUCAUAUCUGACCGUGACCCGCGCUUUACCAGCCGAUUCUGGCGACGGCUCCACGAGGUGUACGACACUCAGCUCCGCUUCUCCUCGUCUUACCAUCCUCAGACUGAUGGUCAGACCGAGAUCACGAACAGGACUCUCGGGGAUAUUCUCCGAAAGAUUGUUCGUGACGACCAGCAGUGGGAUCUCCAUCUUGCCCACGCGGAGAUAACCUACAACCACGCCGUCUCGCCAGCCACGGGGAUGUUGCCUUACUAUUGCGACCUCGGCUAUCACCCGUGUGUUCCCGUGGACUUCCUUCGACCGUCCCAGAUGCACCCCGACACGAGUUGUCCCACGCUGGAUGAUUGGGUUGCACACAUGACGUCGAUUAUGAAGACCGCACAUGAGCACAUAGCCGCUUCCCAGACUCGCAUGGCAGCACGUGCGAACCGAUCGAGGAUGGAUCACCCAUUCAAGGUCGGUGAUGAUGUGCUUAUCGAUGCCCGUCACUUACAGCUCGAAGCGGACACGCUUCGCAAGUUUCGGCGUCGCUUCUUUGGCCCAUGCCGCAUCCUCCAGGCCGUCGGUUCUGAUACGGCAUCUAGCCCGGUCAGCUUUCGUGUGAAGCUGCCCGACUACCUACGCCAGACUCGUGUGCAUGAUGUCUACCACAUCUCGUUACUGCGUCCUUACCGCAGACCGUCUGAGCGUUUCGCUGGACGACCAUACGAGCGCCCUCCACCCAUCAUGGUGGACGGCCACGAGGAGUUCCUCGUUUCAGACAUCAUUGGUCGCCGAGUCACCGACAACAACCCUCCCCACGUCGAAUAUCUUGUACGUUGGAAGGGUUACCCUGAUGAGGAGGCUACCUGGGAGCCCCUCGAGCACUUGGAGCAUGCUCGCAUGUUGGAGCGUGCCUAUGACCGUGCUCGUCGUGCUGGGUUCACUGCUCCUCCUCAGCCCACUGACCCUCCUCCUUCUCCUCCGGCUGAGGAGACCGCUGAAGUUGAGCCUGCUCCAUCUGAGGCAGACCUUCAGCAGCAGCCGGAUGCUUCUGAGCGUCCACAGCGCACUCGUCGUCGUCCUGCUCGAUACGACGAUUGACUCUGACUUACCUUCCCACGUCUUUGACUUCUCAGUACUCCAUCCACAUCARUUUUGCUACUUCAG